GGCCAGACACACAAUCCGCUCGACGCGCUACAGAUGCGAGUUUAUUAGCAAUAAAUCAAGCGGAAGAAAGUCGCUCGCGCAACACGGAUAUUAAAGGACAAAGCGCAGACUUUCAGUUGCGUGGCGAUUUUUGGACAAAGACUUUUCAAAACUGAUGGAGAAGCCACUGUCCCCCCGAGAGUCCGGUCAGUUUGUGGCCGAGCGCAGUCGAGAUGUGUUCGUGGAUGAAGAUGGGGUUAAGCGUGUGGCGCAGAUGAUCUACGAGCUCCGGGACAGCGAGGAGUUCACAGCCAGCGGCUGGAAGAUGAUGAAUCCUCUGGCCCCUUCGCCAGACUCGGACGAAGCCAUCAACUGGGUGUUUGUGACAGACACCAUGAACUUCUCCUUCUGGCCGGAGAGGGAGGAGGAGCAGUGUGAGGUGCUGUGUAGAGGAAACACCUACCGAGGGUACAUGUCUCUCUGUGCUGCUGUGACCAGAGCUAUGGACGAAGGAGUGCCCAUUACAAACCCUACCUACUUCUCUCAGAUCAGUGAGGCCGAGCUGGCGAAAGUCCUGCGCUCAGACAGCGGUACUCCCAUGCCGAUGCUGCGAGAGCGUCACCAGGCCCUCACGGAGGCCGGACGGGUGCUCGCGGAGCACGGGGGAUCCUUCCGGAAAUUCAUGAGUCACUGUGAGAAUGAUGCAGAGAAGAUGGUGAAGUACAUUGUGGAGAACAUACCGUCAUACAGAGACGAAGCCACGUACGAGGGUAAGAGGAUCUCGUUUUAUAAGAGAGCUCAGAUCCUUGUGGCAGACUUCUGGGGCAUCAUGGAGGCACGAGGGGAGGGACACAUCCCUAACCUGGACUACCUGACCAUGUUCGCAGACUACAGGGUGCCACAAGGCCUCGUGCAUCUUGGCGCUUUACGCUACUCUGAUGCCCUUAUGGAGACAUUGAAAAAGGGUGAACUGUUGAGCUCAGGUGAGAGGAGAGAGCUGGAGAUCAGGGGCUGCUCCAUCUGGUGUGUGGAGAGGAUCCGGCAGCAUCUGUGGAAGCUUGUGGAGGAGAGAGACGGGAAGAGCUGCCACAUCAACUCUGCCCUAAUUGACUUUUACCUGUGGCCAUAUGCUAAAAAACACCACAGCGAAAUGGCACACAUCCCGAUACAUCACACACGCUGCAUCUACUAUUGACAAGAACAAAGUUCUUUUUUGUAUCACGCUGUUUAUACCGUCAAAUAAAGUUAUGAAAAUGA